AUGUCUGAUCCAUUGAACCUUCCCAUCUGGAGGCGAUUGAGCUAUGCGGUUGGUCAUCUCUUGAACGAUCUCUGUGCUUCUAUGUGGUUUACAUAUCUUUUAGUCUACUACCAUUCAGUCCUCGGCUUCCACGACACGAACGCAGGUAUUCUGCUACUUGCCGGUCAAAUUGCGGAUGGAAUCUGCACGCCUCUUGUCGGGUACGAGUCGGAUCAGACUGCAGGAUGUGGAAACUACGGGAAGAGAAAGACAUGGCAUUUAUUGGGUACUAUCAGUGUGUUCGUUUCCUUCCCAUUCAUUUUUAACCCGUGUAUGGGAUGCGAUGAGAAUACGCCACAGUGGGUGGGUCUCACAUACUUCAUCCCCUUCAUCAUCAUCUUCCAGUUCGGCUGGGCCGCCACCCAGAUAUCUCACCUGUCUCUCAUCCCAGAGCUUGUUCCUUGUGAGCAUGCCCGCGUGGAACUCACUUCAUACAGGUACGCUUUCACAGUGGUGGCUAAUGUUACGGUGUAUGCAGUGGCUUGGAUUUUAUUCCACUUCCAAGCUCAGCAGUCAGCUGACCCAUCCGUAACCGACAGCCUGAGCCGUGCUGACAUCCCCGUGUUCAGGAACCUAGCCUUAAUUGUUUUGGGCAUCGGGGCUUUGUUUUCUGUCAUAUUCCACGUCGGCACGCGUGAGACGGUCCGGGACCAGGCCAGGACAGGGCAAGAUGAAGAACGUUCACAGAUCUCGCACGUCUCUCCAGCCAAAUCCGUCCUUCGGUGGAAACACUGGCUGAAAGAGCCUGCCUUCUAUCAGGUUGCUUUGCUUUACAUGUGCACACGAUUAAUUGUAAACCUAUCCCAAACUUACAUCUCUAUGUACUUGACUAACUCCUUACUUCUGCCAAAGAACUACAUUGCCACAAUUCCUCUGGUGAUGUAUGUUAGUGGAUUUCUUUCUUCUUUCGCCAUGAAGCCUGUCAGUAAACGGAUUGGCACAAGUAUGACCUAUAUUGCAGGCGUUGCGUUGAUUCUGGCGUUUUCUUACUGGGUUUUGGUUGACGUGAAGAUGGGCAGACUGGUGUAUGGAGCUGCGGUGCUAUUAGGGGCGGGAUCUGCCAUCAUACUAGUCAUGUCACUCAGCAUGACUGCCCAGCUGAUCGGAGAUCAAACGCAAAGUGGGGCCUUUGUGUACGGAGCCAUGAGUUUUACUGAUAAGGUGGCUAAUGGCCUUGGUGUGAUGAUCAUACAAGCUCUCCAUCCUUGCCAGUGAUGCUGUCCUGACUGUGUGUGGUAUUAUCACGUCGUUAUGGUUACUGUAACCGGGGGCGUUGGUGUUGUUGCUACACUCGCUCUGUGCGCCAUCCUCAUUUGGCCUAUCAGGAUCCGCCAGCAUCCUGCCGUCAUCCGUGGUCUGAUGGGAGCCAGCAGGGAGGACACGGAGGCCUGGGGCGACCACGCGGCUGUGAACUAA